AUGGUUACCUCGGCGCCGGCUGGUCCCCGUUUGGCGAGGAGGGUAACGGCGACGAAGAGGCCAGGAAAAGGCCGAGAGAAGCCGACGACGACAACUGGCGGGCGGUUUGCCGGUACUGGAGAGGCACCCCCGAAGGCCGCAAUUGAGUUGAACGAACCCCUUUGGUGCUGCGUAGGGGAGUCAUCAUUGUUCAACGGUGGCAGCGGAGAUAUGGGUUGGGUUGUGAACAUUACGUCCGCUGCCCCUCUCUCUCCCCUUGACCGAACUGGCACGGCGAGACGAUAACGAAUGUCUCGGCAUCCAAGAAUUUACAUACAAUCGUCUGCCUAGCUUAUGGGUCGGCACAUGCCUUCCCCACCAAUAGUCUACUGCUUUGCUUACAACGUACCACCUCUACUGCGGUAAGUGCCCGACCGGGAGAACCGAGAACCGGAGCAGAUCAACAUGCUUUUCGCGGUGAAUUCGAUGACGUUUCACCAGCAAAUCGUGCCCUGCAACCGAAAACGCCGCAUAAACCCCCCACAAACCAAUGGUAUAUGACUAUAACAACCAAUAGCCACAAACCAAAGAAGGUGUUGUUAAUUUUGUUAAUCUGUGUCUUGACUAUUUUCUAUGAUCGAGAUGGCACAUCAGCCGCACAUGCUCCGCACAUAUGCAUACCAAACUGAGAAUAUGUUUGUAAACUGAUGGAGAUUGCAUGUGUUAGAACUAAUAGGGUGCGACACACAAAAGCCCGACUACCAACAGUACACAACACCUUUCGCCUGCACCUUCCCAACAUAACAUAAUUGAGACACACAAGACAGCUACCAAACUGAUUUGUUGAGCCUGUUACCCACAGGGGAGAUGUCCUAAUAUGCU